AAAGGAGUCAAAUGGGUGGAUCGGUAUUUCUGUAACGGGAGUACAAACCCUGCUUUUGGAAGAAACAGGAGUGUAUGUAAGUGUAUGGAUGUGAAACUUGGAUUCCGGCCCCAAAGGAAUUACAGAAAUUCAGGCGUCUGAGAACGAAGUGCUGAGAGGAAUAUUUGGACUUAAGAGAGAGGAAAUGACAGGAGUUUUGAUAAAUUACACGGUUCUAAUUUCCUUGGUCACAUUGUUUAGCGUCGUCUUUUCUCAGGGAGAUUAUGACCACUACUUCGGGGACCGUCACCACAACAGUGGACCGUCUAUCCCAAGCAUUCCUGAAGGAGUUAAUCAAAACACAGGUCCCGUCCUCUUCCCAACUUCACCGGGAGGCGAUGAAACAAGCGGAGUCAUCGUUGGAGCUUCCGGUUACGGGUUUGUUCCUCCGAGAAAUUCAAUUGGAGACGUACCCCACUAUGGCAGUAUCGCUUCGGGUCCCAGCUACAGCGGAUUCUUCUAGACACGCCACCUCAUCACACACCUCUCCACGCUCAUCAACAUUUCCACAAUUCCAACCACUGUCUCUUAUUUAUAUUUAAAAUAAAAAUAUCAACUUGUCAAAUUAGA